GCGCAAGCGCAGUCUGUCGCUGAGGCUUGCAGGACUGUGGAGACAUGGCCGGCGUUGGAGCAGUUUCGCGGCUUCUUCGCGGGCGGCGCUUGGCGCUAGCUGGGGCGCGGCCAGCAACAUUCCAGACACAGACCUGUAGCUUUCACUUCACUGUUGGUGAGAGUAAGAAAGCAUCUGCCAAAGUUUCAGAUGCGAUUUCUACUCAAUACCCAGUUGUGGAUCAUGAAUUUGAUGCUGUGGUGGUAGGCGCCGGUGGGGCAGGCUUGCGAGCUGCAUUUGGCCUUUCUGAGGCAGGGUUUAAUACUGCCUGCCUUACAAAGCUCUUUCCUACCCGAUCACACACUGUUGCAGCACAGGGAGGCAUCAAUGCUGCUUUGGGGAACAUGGAAGAGGACAACUGGAGGUGGCAUUUCUACGACACCGUGAAAGGAUCUGACUGGCUGGGGGAUCAGGAUGCCAUCCAUUACAUGACAGAGCAAGCCCCUGCCUCUGUGGUCGAGCUAGAGAAUUAUGGCAUGCCAUUUAGCAGAACUGAAGAUGGGAAGAUUUAUCAACGUGCAUUUGGUGGACAGAGCCUCAAGUUUGGGAAAGGCGGGCAGGCUCAUCGGUGCUGCUGUGUGGCUGAUCGAACAGGCCAUUCUCUUUUGCACACCUUGUAUGGAAGGUCUCUGCGAUAUGACACCAGCUAUUUUGUGGAGUAUUUUGCCUUGGAUCUUUUGAUGGAAAGUGGGGAGUGCCGUGGUGUCAUUGCACUGUGCAUAGAAGAUGGGUCCAUACACCGAAUAAGAGCAAAGAACACUGUUAUUGCUACUGGGGGCUAUGGGCGAACCUACUUCAGCUGCACAUCUGCCCAUACCAGCACAGGGGAUGGCACAGCCAUGAUCACCAGGGCUGGCUUGCCUUGCCAGGACUUAGAGUUUAUUCAGUUCCACCCCACAGGUAUAUAUGGUGCUGGCUGUCUCAUCACAGAAGGAUGCCGUGGAGAGGGAGGUAUUCUCAUCAACAGUCAAGGUGAAAGGUUCAUGGAGAGAUAUGCCCCUGUUGCCAAGGACCUGGCAUCUAGAGAUGUUGUAUCUCGAUCCAUGACUAUGGAGAUCCGUGAAGGAAGAGGUUGUGGCCCGGAGAAAGAUCAUGUCUACCUGCAGUUGCACCAUCUGCCCCCUGAGCAGCUGGCUACACGGCUGCCUGGAAUUUCAGAGACGGCUAUGAUCUUCGCUGGUGUGGAUGUCACUAAGGAGCCCAUCCCUGUUCUCCCCACUGUGCAUUACAACAUGGGUGGGAUUCCCACUAACUACAAGGGGCAGGUGCUGAAGCAUGUGAAUGGACAGGAUCAGAUUGUGCCUGGCCUGUAUGCCUGUGGGGAGGCUGCCUGCGCUUCGGUGCAUGGUGCCAACCGACUUGGAGCAAAUUCCCUAUUGGACCUCGUAGUCUUUGGUCGAGCCUGUGCCCUGAGCAUUGAAGAAUCUUGCAGACCUGGAGAUAAAGUUCCUCCAAUUAAAGCAAAUGCUGGAGAAGAGUCAGUUAUGAAUCUUGACAAGUUAAGAUUUGCUGAUGGAAGCAUAAGAACAUCAGAACUACGCCUCAGCAUGCAGAAGUCGAUGCAGAGUCAUGCUGCAGUGUUCCGAGAGGGAAGUGUAUUGCAAGAAGGCUGUGAAAAAAUUAGCAAGUUAUAUGGAGACUUGAAGCAUCUAAAGACAUUUGACAGAGGAAUGAUCUGGAACACAGACCUGGUGGAGACCCUGGAGCUGCAGAACCUGAUGCUGUGUGCACUUCAGGCCAUAUAUGGUGCAGAGGCACGGAAGGAGUCACGGGGAGCUCAUGCCAGGGAAGAUUAUAAAGUUCGGGUUGAUGAGUAUGAUUACUCCAAGCCCAUCCAGGGACAGCAGAAGAGGCCAUUUGAGGAACACUGGAGGAAGCACACCCUCUCGUAUGUGGACGUCAAGACUGGGAAGGUUACUUUGGAGUAUAGACCUGUCAUUGACAAGACCUUGAAUGAAGCUGACUGUGCCACCGUACCCCCUGCUAUCCGUUCCUACUGAUAAAACCUGGCAGCUACCAGACCAGCUUAUGUGAUUAUGUAUAAUAGCUUACAUCGGUUUUCCUGUCAUAUGUGUCUUGUUAAAAUUCUACUCAUGAACAAGGAGUCACUUCAUAGAUUAUUAGCCAACAGCUUGCUAGUACUUGAUGUGAGGGACAACUACACUCGACUUUGUCCCUUUAUUUUUGUGCAGUAAUAAAACUGGCAUAAUUCUUAAAUAAAAUACAAAUGUCUUUUAUUUCUAAAUAAAGUCAUGUAUUUGAUUUUAGGCUUUUCUAUUUGUCUAAAAUAGCAAAUGUAAUUGUCUUCCCUGUCUAGCCCCAGCAGUUGUGUUUUUCAACUAUAAAGUUUCUUGUGCUAUAUA